AGUUAACCGCCAGCCACAGCUCGAUCAACAUCCAACCAAUCCACAAACCAAAGAAACCUUCCCAAAAUGAUGAAGAUCACGAUCGCCGCCCUCGCUCUGCUGGCUGUAGCCGUUGCAGCUUACGAACAUGAAGACUAUCAUUCGCAUCCCAGCUACAAGUUCGAGUAUGGCGUAAAGGAUCCUCACACCGGAGAUCACAAGAGCCAGUGGGAACAUCGGGAUGGAGAUGUCGUCAAGGGAGCAUACACUCUGGAUGAAGCCGACGGAACCAAGCGAGUGGUUGAGUACUCGUCCGAUAAGCACAACGGCUUCCAGGCUCACGUCAAGCGUGUGGGUCAUGCUGACCAUCCGGCCGUCUAUGGACACCAUGAGGCUGGACACUCGUACAGCCAUGGGCACGGGCAUGGACAUGGCAGCAGCUACGCUAACGGCAACCUGUACCAGCACCAUAUUGAAGUCAAUCACUCGAAAAUGAUGAAGAUCACGAUCGCCGCCCUCACCCUGCUGGCCGUAGCCGUUGCUGCUUACGAGCACGAGGACUACCAUUCGCAUCCCAGCUACAAGUUCGAGUAUGGAGUAAAGGAUCCUCACACCGGAGAUCACAAGAGCCAGUGGGAACAUCGGGAUGGAGAUGUCGUCAAGGGAGCAUAUACCCUUCACGAGGCCGACGGAACUGAGCGAGUAGUUGAAUACACUUCCGAUAAGCACAACGGCUUCCAGGCUCACGUCAAGCGAGUGGGCCAUGCUCACCAUCCGGAAGUGUAUGGACACCAUGAGGCUGGCCAUUCGUUCGGUGGACACGGUCAUGGACAUGCCAGCAGCUACGCCAACGGCAACCUGUACCAGCAUCAUCAUUAGGAUAUAGAUGUACUUGAUGCGAGAAAGUUCCUUAUUUUGUGAUUUAAAUAAAAGAAUGCAAAGAGAAGCUAAAAUGUA